GUUCGUCGCAGUCAGUCGCAGUGGCAUAUUCGAGUAGGUAGUCGUACGCGCCUGCCUUGAGCUUUGCCUGUUAGCCGCCGCGACGCUCGGACUUCAGUCGGUCGGUGACGCCAACGUGAUCACCAUCACCAUUCUCGCCCUUUGCUAUAAUAAUACUAACCGAGUACGAGUAAUAACUGAUCGAUGUACAAGAGAAUACCGGUGAAGGACAUCAACGAGAAACGCGUUUUAUAACGUUUAACGUCGUUCGAGAAAAAAUUGUGUGAGAGAGAGAGAGAUAGAGAAUAGACAGCCGCGAUUUUCAAACGGAGAAUAAGGAGAGUAAAGUCAGGACGGGAGAGAAAAUUGGAGAUAAGGAGAUAACGGAAGGGAGUCCUGUGACAAAAGUCGAGAUAGAAGAAGGGUAUCUGCUGAGGAUUUUACCUGCUGACGGAAUAAAUAUUAUAUUACGGACGUUAGUUCGUGAUACACAGAAAAUACGUAGAUACAUAUAUAUGUAUAUAUAUCGCUGUAUAUAUGUAUAUGUAUAAUCGUAAUCGCGUGACGUGACGAAAAUUCGAAUAUUCGAAAGGGAAGAAACACGAGGAACGUUUAUAAUUUAUUUUUCUACAGUGUGUAUAACCUUUGUAUACUUUGCCUGCGUUCGUAAGGAAACUCGCGGUACACAAGAAAAACAAAGGAACGUUUAACCAAAAUUGUUGGUGCGGAAAGGAGCGGGUGUCAAACGUCGGCUACGUUCUACGUCUUAUACGUCGUGAUUUUCAUCGUCGUCGAAAUCGCAAACUGUUUGUCUCUGACGACGCAAGAGAACGUCUGAUCCUCGUGGCACGUCUCUCGCGUGAAUAAGAAUCAGGUACAAGUGUGGGGAAAGAGAGAGAGGAACAAAGGAAGACGCGUAAUUAAUAAAGUGUAUACAACAGUGCAAGAAGACUAAAGAGCGGAAGAUAGAAAAACGCUAAUAGACCAGGAUGCCGACGAGUAUGCCGUCGAGUUUAUUCAGCGAAAUGGAUCGUGGUGCAGCAGGCGGUGGUGCCGGUUCUCUCGAGGAACAACGCGCCCUGCAGUUGGCCUUUGAGUUGUCUAUGAUCGGAUUUGAAGGCAGCGGAGGAUGUCCUUCAGCAGGAACUGGCACAGGAACUGGAUCGUCAAAUGAUUCUGAUCCACUUCAAGCCACCCCGGCCAGCGUCUUCGAGGAAGCAAGAUCUAAGAAGAGCCAAAACAUGACCGAGUGCGUUCCAGUGCCGAGCAGCGAGCACGUGGCUGAGAUCGUUGGCCGACAAGGCUGCAAGAUCAAGGCACUACGGGCCAAGACCAACACCUACAUAAAGACACCGGUGCGCGGCGAGGAACCUGUCUUCGUCGUCACCGGACGCAAGGAGGACGUCGCCAGAGCGAAGCGCGAGAUCCUCUCCGCGGCAGAGCACUUUUCCCAGAUCAGGGCCUCGCGAAAGAGUUCCCUGGGCGCGUUAUUGGGCGCACCACCUGGACCACCAGCAUCCGUUCCCGGUCAUGUGACCAUCCAAGUACGAGUACCAUACAGAGUCGUGGGUUUGGUCGUGGGGCCCAAGGGUGCCACCAUCAAGAGGAUCCAGCAUCAGACUCACACGUACAUCGUGACUCCAAGUCGCGACAAGGAACCCGUCUUCGAGGUCACUGGACUCCCGGAGAACGUCGAGGCUGCCAGACGCGAGAUAGAAGCUCAUAUCGCUCUGAGAACGGGCACGGGACCCGGGGUCGAGGAGGCUGAUCUCCUGGGGGCCUUGUGCAGAGGAGGACUCGGCUCGAUCCUGGGCUGCCUGGAUCCACCAGGAUCCAACGGGUCCAAUGGCUCCAGCGGCGCCUUCUCCAGCAGUGGCAGCUGCAGCAGCUCCUCCAGCAGCUCUGGUGCACCGGGACUCAAUGAUCUGGUCGCCAUUUGGGGUGCUGGUCUAGAACGCGACGAGGGUCUCGGGGAAUCGCCGUCCUUCGAAUCUCAGGCCGUCUCCGCCUCGUCGAUCUGGUCCUUUCCUGGAGUCGCUCUACCGUCGAGACCCUCGCCUCCAGCAUCGGCCAGCCCUGCCUCACCCACAGACUCUCUCCUCGGUGGCGGAAGUGCCGGUGGACGUCGGGAGUGCGUUGUGUGCGGCGACAAGGAAGUCACCGCGGCUCUUGUACCCUGCGGACAUAACCUCUUCUGUCUCGACUGCGGAAACCGCGUCUGCGAGAGUUCCGACCCCAGUUGCCCGGUAUGCUCGAGGCCUGUCCUCCAGGCUCUUCGCAUCCUCUCCUAAGUCCAACUAAAAUUGACGUCCCCGUCGUCAUCGCGCCGGUCACCGAUCGUCUCAACGGCAGUGCCAUCUGCUGGUACCCAAGGAAGACGUCCUCAAGGACGGACCGGGUCCACGUCUUGGUACGGUGACGCGACGCGACGACGCGCAGCUGGACGCAUAGGAGAACGAGGACGACGUACCUUGGAGACGCGCACAACUAUUAAUUCCACUGCUGCUGCCAAUAAACUAGUUCGGGAAUGAUAGCCGUUCGUAUAUAUUCCUGGAUGAAGAAGAAGAAAAAAAAAAGAGAGGAAACCGGAUACAACGAAUCGCUAAUAUUGCUAAGUGUCAAAACCGACGCCGACGGGGAGCGUCGCGUUCCAAAGAGAUCAUCUGUGACGACCCUGCCAACGCCAUCAUCAUCAGGACCAUCGCUAGCAACGCUAGUACCAUCUACCGACACCAGAGCCAUCUUCAAUCGCUGUCAGCGCUACAUUCAACAUUUACUCGCGUGGCGGCGCCACCGUCGACAACCACCACCGAAUGGACCUUUCCGUUUCUAUGAUCUCCUUCAGAUAAUAACGCGUCGCCACUUACAUUCUGACACAGUCAGACAGUAGUUACUGCGAAAGGUAUUUCAUAAAAGAACAAAAAAGAAAAUGGAGACGAUGCCGUUACGAGUAUCGUUAACGGGGGCAAAGGUCAGCCGUUAACGAACCUCGUCAUCGUCGCCAUCUUGAAACGGUGGAUGUUACGUGGGACGAGGGUCGACAAAUAUUUUGGGGUUGGGGGUGAAAAUUCGAAAUAUACAUAUAACCCAUUUUUAAAAAAAUUUCCAAAUCCAUUAACAGUACUCGAUAACUCUUAUUCAUCUGAUAGAGAUGGCAGUUAGGUUAGGGCCGAUAAUCAUCUCGGGUGAGGAAGAAGAAAAAAAAAAGAAUUUAAUUAAAUAAACGAGGGUUGCUUACGGACACGUGAUUAAAAUCGUCAUACAUAGAAAAAAAUGGACACGGACAGUACACAUGCACUUUACACGCGCGACUCACAUGCAAAUCCACGUACGCCGACACACAUGACUCACGGGUAAUUUUUGGACGAAAGCGGGCAUCUUAAAAAAAAAUUUGAGAGAGGUUAAUGACAAGACACGCAUUUUACAAUUAAUACGGCUACGUAAAGGCUUUUAAACCUAACAUAACCUCUAAAAAACACAAUUACACAGAAAUUUUUGUAUGGGAUUGCUACGGUGUCCGCGACCAAUCCUAGUUUCCUCCUGUCGUUAUGAAUGGCGAACGGUUUGAGUGUUAGGUAUGUAAGAUAUACAAAGAAAAAAGGGGG